AUCAAUGAGAAAGGCCGAGCGAGUGAUUUGGAAGCGAAGUCUGGACAAAGAUUGAGAAAAAUAUAUAAAAACUAUUUGGAAUUUCAUAAUUUUUCUGUAAAAUUUGAAUAAAGAAUCCUAGCGAGAGAUGGCUGAAAAAGACAGUCGUGAACAGCAAGAUGCAGGAAGCAAGCGAGACGAGUCCCCAUCUCCCCUCCAAAUACCUGCUAUUACAGGAGAAGAGAAGGAUGUAUCCACUGCUGCCCAUAGCCACUUUGAGGCAGGAAACUAUAACGGCUGUGUGGAACAGGUCCGUAAACUGGCCAACAUGCGUCCCACGGAUCCUAAGGUGCAGCACAACCUUGCGGUAGCGCUCUUCUACCAGUCGGGUUGUAGGAAAGUCGAUGAGUACAGACGUAGUCUGGGCAACGUUUGCAGCCAGGUUCAUGUGGAUCUUGAACAGAUUGAAUCCUUGGAGGAUGCUGACCAGGCCAUAUUCUUCUUCAACAAUGCUGUGCUACUCCAUCAUCUCCGACAGCAUCACCAAGCCAUCCGUGUCUUGGAGAAACUCUUCCAGGUCAUUGAGCCACUGGAAGAGUGGUUGGCUGUGCGUAUCUUGCUCCUUCUGAUUGAGAGCUACCUUAUUACUCAUCAGCCUGACAAGGCCCUGGCAACCCUGGUCUACCUGGAGAAAUUAAUGCAGACCAGUGAGGCAAAGAAAGAGGCUGCAGAAAAGGGGAAAGACAGCAGCAAAGAUGAGGAGCAUAGACCUGUUGAUACUGAGAAAGUAAAGGCCAAAAUACACCAGUUCAAAACAAAGUGUUACCUUCAACUGAAACAUCUCAAGUUCUGUAAAAGGGAAAUCAAGUCUGUCAAGACUGUCAUGAACUCAAAUGGAGCACAGCAGUCCCCCAUCACGCUCUUCCUGAAGGCUAACUUUGAGUUUGAGCGGCAGAACAACCGCAAGGCCAUCAAGCUCCUGAACAGCUCUCCCGAGGGUCUGGACUAUAACCAGAUGGGCCAGUGCAUCCCUGUCAUGUACUACAACAACCUGGUCGCUAUCCACUAUGCCAUGCAUAAGUACCACCUGGGUGCCCACUAUGCCAGGAGAGCCCUGCAGGAGAAUGCCUCGGCUAUCAAGGAGCUACCGAAGAAGUCUGGUCGUACAAUCCAGACACUUGGUAUGAAUCACCAUCAUGAACUCCUCUACAACACGGGCAUCGUUCUUCUACAUGCAGGGCGCCCUCUGGCAGCCUUUGACUGUCUGGUGGAAGCCGUGCAGGUCUUCCCUACCAACCCAAGGCUCUGGUUACGACUGGCUGAGUGCUGCAUCGCUGCCAACAAGACGGCGGGAGAAGGAGAGACCAAGGGUGGUAGCAAGCAAGGUAUUAUCCACAGUACCGUGGGAACGGGAUCUCAUCGCAAGUUCAUCCUCUCUCCCGGGGGUCUGGACACCAACUAUGGGUCUGAUAUCCAGCCAGCAGCCAUGCCUGUGGCUUCCCUGGAGUUUGCUUCUCUGUGCCUGAGUAACGCCCUUUCCCUUCUGCCGGAGAAACCUGGUAGUCUACCGACCACGCCCAUCUCAUCACAGAACAGUGUUGGUAGUGAGGCAUCUGACACAGCAAGUAAGCAGACCGGCCCUGCCUCCAUCCCGGCCCCGCCCGGCCCGUCUCUUAAACCCACUGAGGUUUCCAGUCUACGCUGUUCGGUGAUGGCUGCCACUGCCUACGUCAGUCUAUCGCUUGGUGAUGAUGUCACGGCACUGGAGAAUGCCAGGGCAUUGAUGGCUCAACCCAAGAUCUCUGGCUCACUACAAUUCCUGGCCCGUAUGUAUGCUGCUGAGGCUCUGCUGAAGCAUGAUCAGAUAGGAGAGGCAAUCCAACUGUUGAACCCCGAGAGUGUAUGUGAUGUAUCUGUUCUGAUCACACCCACCCCUGACUUUGGGGAGAACAAGGAUCGAGACCGGAACGAGAAGAGCAAUAACCACGAUGGUGGAAGUGGUGGAGGAGGAGGGGGUAAUAACAACGCAGGAGACCCUAACGAGGGGACAGAACCUCGUAAGGUCAUCCAUCAGUACUACCCAGCAUCCAUCCAGGUUGCCAGGGCUCACAUGUUCUUUAACCUGGCUACUACACAUGUGUUCAGGAGCGAGUGGGACAAGGCUAGGAGGUGUCUUCAACAGGGUUGUAGCAUGGUACCAGUCCAUGACAUUCCCAAGCAAGCCCUCUAUACUGCUAUCUACCUGGAGUUACAUACUGGAAACUACUCUAUGGCGCUUCAGAUGGUCAAGAAGCAGCAGAUGAUCCCGUACAUCAAGAUCACACCUGUUCCUUUCAUUGAACCGAUCAAUAAACCUCCACCAGCUUCCAGCAGCACCCCAUCAAGCUUCCCUGCCCCCAUAGGGCCACCCACUACCUCCCGGCCCUCGGGGUUCGGUCUCCCCACCCCGAUAGGUGGGGGCAAACCCAGUGCCAACACGUGGAGAUGAACGGGCCAUUUUCCUCCCAUCGUCGAGGGCUCUAUAAUAGUUGCCCCGUAUUAAUUAUUCUAUUACCAAUUUCUAUUUUCUUUAUCGUCUACAUUCUAUCUGCAGUUGACGCUUCUAUUUUUGUGUUUUCAAUUUAUUGCAAAUUAUAUAUACCUCUGUGACUUGCUUGCAUCUUAAGCUUAUAUAUUAUCUGGAAAUUAAUGUGUUUAUUACCAUGAAUUAUUGUUGAUUUCUGCCGCUAUAGCCCAUAGAUCUUAUACAGUGUUUGGAAACCUCCUCUGAUAAAAGCUGUAACAAAACAAAGCCAAUUUAGUACUACCGCACCUGGUGUCCAUUAACAAGACAUUAAAUGCUGUGAUCAAGAUUUUUAACCUUAUAGCAACAAUUAUUCCAUAUUUUUGGGGUUAGGCUCAAUAACUUUUCAUUCUUAAUUAUCCAAAAGAAAGACAUUCAUCAACAGAGUAAAAAAAGGCUCUUGUACCUGACAUCCUCAGGACUUAAGCAAGAAUGAAUUGGAUUCUGUACAAACUUAUUGUGAAAUUGUUACCACAACUGGCAUUUAUCUUUUAAGUAAUAGUAAAAAUUAUAAUAGUGGUUACUCGUUACAAAUUACUGCACAGCCAAGUCCACCUUUCAGUGCUCACGAGCAAUAAGUUAAGAAAUAGAAAUAAGAAUAGAAAUUUAUGCACCAUGAUGGGGUACUAAAUGAAGUCCUGACCAGAAGUAUACAGACAAGAAUUUCAAUUAC